AUGAACUUGUAUCGCACUAUUAUGAAUGACGCAUUUGAUUAUGAACUACAAGACAUGUGGCAAGUUUUAACAGAAAAUGGUGCAAAGUUUGGCAACGGCGGUACCAUUUUACAUAAAUUAUUGGACGAUGAAGAUGACAUUGAAGCAAACGAAGAAUUUAUAAUAUAUUUGUUAGACAACUGGAACGUGAAUAGUAAGUACUUUUAUCUAGAUUUAGAAAACACAAUACUUCUUGGUGAAGUCGGUUUUGAUGCUGAUCGACAAGGAAUUACUGCAUUACAAAUCGCCUGUUAUGAAGGAGAUUUCGAAAUGGCAGAGUCGUUGAUGAAAGUAGGUGCAAAAGCGAAAGUCGUGGAUAAUGACGGCAAUACGGCAUUACACUACGCUUCUGUUUCAGAUGAAGAUACUGAAGAAAUAAUACCGCUUCUAAUAAUUGAUGGGGUUGAUAAUCAGUAUGGAAUAACACCAUUACAUAUUGCAUGUGAAUGUAGUGAACCAUAUGUCGCUGCACUGUUAACACAUUUUGGAGCGAAUGCUUCUGUUUUAGACAGCAAUAAAAACAAUGUUUUGCACUACCUUAUGCGAUCUGAAGGUGAUGAGGAAGAGUUACACAUGGUGUUAGUGGUAUUUUUAGAUUUAAACAUUUUUGACAUUAACACCCAAAACAUCUACGGGACAACAGCCUUACAUCUUGCUUGCCAAUACUGUCACUACAAACUUGUUAAAGUAUUACUGUUAGAGGAAGCUAAAGUUGAUAUUUUAGACAACGACAACAACAGUGCAUUACACUACGCAAGUUAUUCGAAUAAAAGCAGUGAAAAACUGAUACGUCGUUUAUUACGACGGGGUCUAAAUAUUAAUGAACCAAAUAAAAACGGAGUAUCACCAUUACAUCUUGCUUGCAACUGUGGCAAUUUAGAAACUGCACAAAUUCUACUAGCAAAAGGAGCUAACAUCAACGACGUUGACUAUAACGAACUUGAUGCACUACACUAUGCAUCAAGUUCGACUGAUACAAAUACAAAUCUGAUAACAUUGUUACUAGAUAAAGGCUUAAAUGUAAAUUGCGUGAAUAAAUACGGUGCCUCCCCAUUACAUUUUGCACGUAAGAGUGAUAACAUAGACGUUUUGUUGGAGGCAGGUGCACAACUCCAAUCGUUAGAUAACAAUAACAAUAACAUUUUGCAUUACGUUUCAAGAACGACAGAUGAAGUGAUAGAGUUAUUAAACUAUUUAUUAUCUGCAGCAGACUUUAACGUAAACGCUCAAAAUAACUGUGGAACCACUCCAUUGCAACUGGCAUGCAAAAGUGGUAACUUUUUGUUCGUCAAAGAAUUAUACGAACAUGGAGCUGAAUUAAAUAUUUUAGAUAAUGACAAGAAAAGUGCACUGCAUUAUGCUUUGGAAUCUUCAGAACAGAAUAAUAGUUUUAUUAAUUACUUAAUUUAUAACGGUAUUGACGUCAACGUUCAAGACGAUCACGGAAAAACACCACUGGAACUUGCAUGUUCAACAAAUAAUUAUCAGGUUGUCGAAACGCUGAUCGAAUUUGGUGCUGGUGCAGAAAUGUCUUGA